CAUUUCUCCGCCUUCGCACUACCUUUCAUAGGAAGGGCAAACAUCCGACCCUUCGAAUCAUAAAGCAGCGACUUGGUGUAUAUAUCUUCACAUCAUUUCAGAGUCUCUUGCCUCAGUUCAUUCUUUCUUCUUACAUUAUGGUGCUGAAACCCAUAACGGAGCAGCAGCCGCCAGUUAGUCCGCCUGAUUAUGGCAAUGAGCCUGGUCUAGGGCGUGGAGCGGUUUACAAUGUUGGCUAUCAAUCCCCAUCGCAGCCCUACCCAACCCAGGAUAGCUCGCCGGUGCCGGCACCUGCACCGCAAUAUGUCAGUCCUUUGAAUGAACGACAGCAGGGUGAAAACGGCGACACGGUGCCGUCCUACGUCGGGGGGGUGUACGCUUCCCCACGCUCUUCGGGGUCUAGGUACAGCAAUCUGCCUGCAUCUCAGCAGCCGUAUGGCGCUCCGCCCGACCCACGGCAUCACUAUCCGCCGCCACCUCAGUGGCCGCAACAGUCGAACUCCUCGUCGCUUCCUCCGGCACAUCAGCAGCCACAUUACCAACCACACGUUUCGAGGCCUGACAGAGCGCAGUCCCCAUCUCGGGAUUCUUCUGAGACUCUGCCACCACAAACUUCUAUGGCAGACCCACUUCCCCAUGUGUUCAAACCUGAAUAUUCAAGUCUAUCUCCGGCUCCAGGAUCCUUGUCCCCCUAUGGGGCCCAACCGCCCCAACCAGGCAGCGUGGAGCUCGAAGAUAAUUCUGCCGUCCCUUAUCCAUCCGGCUCGACAGGCCCUGGAUACCAAGUAAUAUACGGACCCAAACCGCCCCCAUCAGUCGGUGUUAAGCAGGAAGAUCAUUCUGCUCCUCCCUUUCCAUCAAGCUCUCCAGGCCUUGGAUCCCAGACCGCCGAGGAACGAGGUCUGAUGGGGGCCCUGGCGGGAGGCGCAGCCGGCAGCUUGGCCGGCCACCAAAUAAACCACGGAUUUCUGGGUGCUAUAGCCGGCGCCUAUGGGGGGCACAAGCUAGAAGACGCAUCGAAAGAUAAGCGCAAGUCAUCAUCUCGACGCUCCUCUACAUCUUCCUCGUCCUCGGAUUCUGGCCAUCACAAAACCCAUAACCACCAGGUUCCCGCACCCCAGCCUUCAAUCCAGCACCACGCACCCCCUCGUGUCCUAGCAGCAGCCCCAAGACAGGGAAACUUUUCCCUCUCCUCGACGCGCAUCAGCCUCGAACGCAACCAUGAGCUGAUCGCCGAGUGCCGCGCCAUCAACGGGCAGAAGAAGGUGGCGUCCGUUUCGUUGAACCGAUUACUAUCGAAUGACAAUGGACAUUUCCGGUGGGCAAAGGAAGGGAACUUUGGGGCCAGUGCGAGGGAUGUGAAACUGGUGGAUGGGGGCAAGGUUUUAGAGGCAGAGUUGAGGACUCGUAAGGGCCAGUGGAGACGCAGUCGGGUUUUGUUGGACGAGAAGAUUAUGAAUAGGAAUGGGGAAUUGUGUAUGCUUUGGUAGGGAAUGCGGCAUCUUGGAGGUUUGGCUAGAUAGGCAGACUGAAGAAGUUUAUAGAUUCGUGUUGACGUUUGUCAUAAGACGUGUCUGUGGUUGUGGUGAGACAUAAAAUCUACGUAAGGUCAUGUACGAGUUUCAUUAGGGGGCCGCUGUUUGGGGUUAGAGGGCAAUAAUUUUGCAACGAGAAAAACGGGCUACAGAUUGCAUUAAUAUUUAAUUGAGGUUUCAACCUAUAAAUAUCCCUG